AUUGCCGUUCAGGGCCACGGGAAAACCUGACUGCGCUCCCAGAAGCCUCCGGUGUACCUCGCUGGGAACGCACUUCCUGGGACGCUGAGAGGGAGACGCUCCAAGAGGCUCCUCAGUGUGGGCGAGUAAAAUGCCCUGCGUGUGAGAAGCAGGCUCAGAUUAUUGCUACUCUGUAUUCAGAUCUUCAUGUGUUUCUUCUAAGCUGAAUAAAGCUGUUUUGGAACUGUCAGGUACCUCAAAGGAUGAAGAAAACGAGGCACAGGGAAGUUCUGAAUCUGGCCCAAGGUCAGUGAGCUAUCUGACUGACAGCACUCCACAAGCUUGCCUGCCAUGGGCUGUCGGGAUGUCCACGCAGCCACAGUCCUUUCCUUCCUGUGUGGAAUCGCCUCAGUAGCAGGCCUCUUUGCAGGGACUCUGCUUCCCAACUGGAGAAAAUUACGAUUGAUCACAUUCAACAGAAACGAGAAGAACCUGACUGUUUACACAGGCCUGUGGGUGAAAUGUGCCCGGUAUGAUGGGAGCAGUGACUGCCUGAUGUACGACACUACUUGGUACUCAUCAGUUGACCAGCUGGACCUGCGUGUCCUCCAGUUUGCCCUACCCCUCAGCAUGCUGAUCGCCAUGGGUGCCCUGCUGCUCUGCCUGAUUGGAAUGUGCAACACUGCCUUCAGGUCCUCGGUGCCCAACAUCAAACUGGCCAAGUGUCUGGUCAAUAGUGCAGGUUGCCACCUGGUGGCUGGGCUGCUAUUUUUCCUGGCAGGUACUGUGAGCCUCUCCCCAUCUAUCUGGGUCAUCUUUUAUAACAUCCAUCUGAACAAGAAGUUUGAGCCAGUCUUUUCAUUUGACUAUGCAGUGUAUGUCACUAUUGCUAGUGCUGGGGGCCUGUUUAUGACUUCCCUUAUACUGUUUAUUUGGUAUUGUACAUGCAAAUCUUUGCCUUCUCCUUUCUGGCAACCAUUGUACUCCCAUCCACCCAGUAUGCAUACUUACUCACAGCCCUAUUCAGCACGCUCUCGCCUCUCUGCCAUUGAAAUUGACAUUCCAGUAGUUUCACACACCACUUAAUGGGGAAAUAGUUAAUUGUUAAAGAAAACUUCUUGUAGCCUCACAUUCCCCUUGUGCAAAGAGCUCUUUUGGACCUACAUACAUUUUCCUUUGUUUUUGACCAAUCAAUGAAGCCAAAUUUAUAUGUCCUAGUAGAAUGAAGUGCUGCUAGUUUUUAUGAGAAGUACAUUAUAUUAAAUGUGAAUUUUUUAAAUUUUGCUUCUUAUACUGCAAGGAAUUUUAGCCUUCAUAUUGAUAUCUAAUUAAUUAUUUAAGUGGAAGAGGCCUGCAUCACAAUUGAGGUAAUUUAGAGCAACAUGUUAAAGAAUGAUGGUUAGCAGAAGCUGUUGUAUACAAUCUUCAUGAAAAUUUCAGUGUGUAUUUUUCUUUUUCUAUAAUACCUUUAACUGCAAAGAAAAGGCAGUUUCAAAUAUAAGAAAUUUAUUUCAGGUAAGGGUAAUAUUUUAAUAGUAGUGAAUAAUCUAGCUUAAGGCUGUAACUCUUCUCUCGGGGCUAAUUGUAUGAAUAGGUGUCAGUAUGUUGAAGAUUACUUUCUUUUGUGACUUUCUUCUACCUCAUGCCAGUGUUUAAAAGUAAAAUGUAUUUUAAUGAUGUUAGAAUAAGACUACCAUUCUAAAUAUCACCUACUUAUGAAUAACAUGUAAUAAUUUUUAACAUUAAUGAUUCCAUAAAUUGUAUUAUUGGGGUUAGAAUGUGCUUUAUGACAGGUUAGUGUUUCCUCUGAGGCAGAAAACCCUUUUUUGGAGAUAUCUUCCAUCAAGCAGUACUCUUGCCCAUAUACAAUCUCUUAGUGGCUAAGAGAAAUAAAUAAAAGGGCCAUAAUGGUUUGUUCUCUUUCAGACAUAAUUUAGUAGGGGACAAGAAGUCUGUUCUUCAGUGAGUACACUAGAGAUUUACUCUGGUGACUGCCUUUUGAGUUAUGGGUGAAGUAAGGUAUGGCUUUACCAUAACCUUGAUUCAUUCACCCUUGAUUCAUUUCUCGCCCCCGUCACUGAUUAUUUCCUUGAGCAUAUAUCUCUGCCUAACACUUUAGUAGGUGCUAUAGAGGAUACAUGAAAAGUUUGAGAUCUGGUCCCAUCCAGUAAGACAUUUUAAUAGAGAAGAUCAAAAUGUUACCUGGCAGUUGGGGAAUAAUCUGACUUCGUUGGCAGUUGGCCUUAACUUCUUAAUCAUUGAUCCAGGAAUAUUUCAACCAGAGACACAACUUUCUGGCAGACAGACAAAUUGUACAACACCAACAAUAUCCUGGACCUUGAAAUUCUGUUUACUUCAGUCCAUUGUAUCCUUUAAGGCACCUGUGCUAGCCUAGAUUUUGUAAUAACACUGAUUUAUGAGAAUGGACAAAAGUGGUAGGGAAAUUGUUCCCUCUCUACUUCUGAAAGUAUGAUGAUGUAUUAAGGAUGGAGGAGUUAUUAAAAAUGUCUCUUCUGAUGAGGUAACAAUUAGAUGAAACCAUGUUAAAGCUGAGAUGAACACUUAGAAAUUCAGGGAUAUUGGGUCUUUAGCCUUAUGAAUUUGAGCUGCUUAUUUAAUUGGUGUAAUUUACUACAUAUUAGUACUAUAUUCGUAAGGAUUUUUUAUUAACCAUUACAGAUUUUACAAACAGCUAGUUAUAUGGUAAACAGAUUAUUAUGCCUUUUUGCAAUUCUGAAUAUGAUUCUAGUAUUUGUGUAGAUGUAUUUGGUACUUUUUCCCCUAAUUCCAACACUAGUUUAUAUAUAUAGCGAAUAAAUCUAGUUGUAUAAAUUUUUAAAUGCUGUCAGUAGAAAGCACACAAGGUUAUGAUUUUUUUAAUUACUGGCUUCUGAUUUCUUUCACUUCUGAUUCUUUUCCUUUUUCUCAAAUGUAGCUGAGUCUUGAUCAUUUUAAGACAACGAUGGGUAGAAUUUUGAGAUUAAUGUUAAUUUUCCCUUUUUGUUAAUUUCAGUCCCCUCUCACUAUGCUUUUGUCCAGAAGGAUCAAGAAUUCUACCAUCCCUUGGGUCUUUGUGUAUAAACAAUGUUAAAUAAAGGUAGACUCAGUCUUUAAGAUAUUAGACAGUUUUUUUAGUCCAUGGGAUUGUAAAUAUAAACAUUAACUUUCCUAUAAGAAUCUUUUGGCUUUGUAAUCUAUAGCCUCAAAUUGGUAUUUAUUAUGGAUUCACUAGACAAACAGCUAUUUCCUUAUUGUCUUUUUUCUUUAGUGUUUCUGAUUUGCUAUCAGUAGCUAUUUUUAAAGCCAUCAAAGGAAAAUAAUUAUUUACAGUUUUUGAAGUCACUUUUGAGCCCUCAUCAAGCUCUCAUUGUGAUGGGAGGGAUACCUUUUUGUUGUUAAAAGCCUAUUAUUGUUAAAGGCCUUUUAUGGAAACCAACUUGGAAAACAACCUUAAAUGUGGAUGUAUCAGAUUUGGUUUAUCCAGCCAUGGGAGAGAAAACAAACCUAAGUUUACUUUACUUGUACAUAUACACUACAAUGGAUAGUAUAUUUGCUGUAAACUACAAUGUAAAACCUCAAUAAAAGUGCGCUGUACUUCUUAAUGUUUAUUAAAAGAUGUAUUUUUACAA